CAAUGAAAAAGAAGCUAGUAAAAUGGACAGGAAACACUCCCGCUGGUCGUAGACUGAUAUAAUAGUUACAUACCAGAAUCAUUCAGUGCUGACAUAACGAUGGUGUCGAAUGCGUGCUUCGUUCUGCUUGUCAUACUGGCAAUAUGUGUGACGGGCGACGGUUCUCCCCAAGUUAAAUACUUACACGUCAGAUCUGAUGUUAGGAUGCGGUUUGCUACAACAGAGAUUACCAGUGUAAUGGCUAACAACCAGAAUUACUCCACAGACGUUACAUUCAACGUGUAUCUCCCAGACCAAGCGUUCAUUUCGAAUUUCUCCAUGAUAAUUGAUGGAGUGGAAUACGGAGGCGAAGUAAAAGAAAAAGAGCAAGCCAAAAAGGCGUACGAAAGAGCCAAGAAAAGAGGACAAAGUGCUGGUCAUGUCGCUCAAAAACCUCGCGAAGCAAACAAGUUCAAGGUUGAUAUAAAUGUUGCUGCACUGAAGGAAGUGAAGUUUACACUAAGAUAUCAAGAAUUACUGAAACGAAAGUUUGGUAUUUAUGAACAUGCAGUUUAUGUGGACCCAGUUACUCCAGUGGACGAUUUUCUGAUCGAAGUUUUCCUUGCAGAAUCAAAGGAAAUCAGCUAUUUGCAAGUUCCACCAUUGAGACCCAUCGACCCAACCGUUGUUUAUAACGAGACAGGAAAAACUAACCCAGACGCCGAAAUUUCUCGUCCAUCAUUAAAGUCAGUUAAAGUUCUGUACAAACCGGAAACAAACGUAAGCGGUGUCUUCGUGAUCAAAUAUGAUGUUGAUCGGAGAGAAAAGUUCAACGGAGAUAUAAUGGCAGUAAAUGGUUACUUUGUUCAUUUCUUCGCGCCAACUGAUUUGGAUCCAAUUCCCAAAGACGUUCUCUUCAUAAUAGACACAAGUGGAUCGAUGUAUGGACGCAAGAUGACUCAAGUGAAAAGUGCCAUGGAUCAGAUUGUUAAUGACAUGGCCGAAGGAGACCGUUUUAACAUUAUGGACUUUGACGGUAGCAUAAAAUUUUGGAAACAAGACAUGGUGCCAUGGGAGGAAAAGAACAAAGCGGACGCUUUGAAAUGGAUAUACAAUCGAGACGCUUCGGGCUCUACAAAUAUAAACAAGGCUCUUGUCGACGGCUUAAAAUUACUUCAUAAAUUCCAACUCUCCAAGCGGGACGGACGUUCACCAUUGAUUAUAUUUUUAACGGACGGGGCUGCCUCAGCUGGUGAAACCAACAGCAACAAUAUAUUAACCAACGUAGGUGAAACUAAUAAUGAUGAAAUUCCAGUAUUUUCUUUGUCGUUUGGAGCGGAUGCUGACUUUACUCUGCUCCAGAAGAUUUCUCUGCGAAAUUUCGCUGUUGCUCGACGAAUUUACGAGGCUUCUGAUACUGUAAUCCAGUUAAAGAACUUUUAUAAUGAGAUAUCGGCUGCAUUGAUGACGAAUCUGCAAUUCGACUAUUUCGGAGACAAGGUUGAGAACGACUCACUGACCACCAGCCAGUUCCGUCGUUACUUCAAGGGAACAGAAUCUGUAAUUGCUGGUCGUCUAAAUGAUGACUCAAUAUCAACACUCAGGUGGAAUCUUGUUGGAAGUACAAAUGCAGGAGCAAUCGAUCAUACGGAUGAAACAGAACUGUACGAUCCAUCGGCGGUAGGCGAAGGAAUUGGUCUGCUAAAAGACGAAGACAUCAAGGGUAUUCCCGAAAAACUGUGGGCCUACCUAACGAUUAAGCAACUUUUAGACAAGAGAAUAGCAGCAACUACGGAAGAGGAAAAAGAAGAAUUGAAACAGCGAGCAAUAGAACUUUCUUUGAAGUACAAAUUUGUAACUCCAGUGACAUCGAUGUUGGUCGUCAAACCGGAGAGCGAAUUUGGAGAUCCAUUAGAUACAUCGACACAAAAACCCACAUCACCACCAAAAAGUGGAGGUCCGAACACUUAUGGAAGACGACGUGGCGGUGGCGGCGGUGGCGGCGGCGGCGGCGGCGGCGGCGGUGGUGCAUCUGGUGAUCCACACUUCCUCGUGUACGUGAAAAACCUGACUUAUCCCGUGUGCUUUGACGUCCCUGCAAACGAAGGUGAAAAACUGACUUUAAUUUCAGAUCCCUCACGAGCUCUUGAAGUUACAGCAGCAAUGAUAGCAAGCAAAGAUCAUUACAAAACUGGUGAACUGAAAACCUUUAUGGGAACAAUAUUCAUUCAAUCACGCUUCACCAAUGUGAUCGUUACACCUCAAUACAUUUUCUUUAACGGACAGAAGUAUUUGUGGACCAACGAGACACGAAUACUUUCAAGUAACUCAAAUCUCGAAAUCAACGGAAGAGGACACAGUCUCAUGAUAAAAAUCUCGCAGUACCAACAGUUUCUUAUCAAACGCUCUUUGGCUGGAAAACGACCAACGAAAGUUGAUUAUCUGAACUUCCACGUGGUCAUUGGAAAAGGAUUCUCAAAGAGUGUCACCGGCUAUAUUGGAAAGUUUAUGCACCUGAAAGCAAAACUGAGACACACAAAGAAAAACGCCAAAGGACAAACGGUCGGAAAGUUGACUUUUACAAAACCUCCCAAACAGAGGUUUGUUGAACACGCAAUCUUAAAUUUCAGAAAUAAUAUGAUUAUUUCCACAGUACCCUGCUGGGUUUUACAUCAUAAGUUCAUCUGAAGGCCAUAGAAAACGUACGCUUACGGGUGUGAGUGCUAACACGCCUGCGAGCUAGCAUGCUGUCUACAUGUGUAUAUCUGCAAAGGCACCACAUCGUACUACAUAACAUUUUAAUGGACUGAAAUUAUGAAUUCUCAGCUAGAGAUUUUUACAUCACAAGCACCCACAAAUACAAACACGUACAUAAUCACUAAUAUGUAUAUAUAUAUGUAUAUAUAUAUAUAUAUAUAUAUAUAUAUAAAGAAUAAAAAGGAUAAAAGGAGGCCUGUGAUGGCUUGCAUCGGCAAGACUUGUAUUAUAUGGAAAAUGCAAUGGAAAGACUAAUUCGAAGUUGUCGAGGGGAGAGGAAUAUCAGACGUUCUCGAUAGGGUCCUUCUUCAGGGUAAGGUUGACAAGACACAAAUAAAUUAAGGAAAAUAAUCUUACAUUUGCAACUGAUGAGGAUUGCAUGACAAUAUGAACUUCGAAUGUAAACAAGGGGAAGUAAGGAAAGGAAAGUGAGUGAAAGAGUGAAAGAGUGAAAAAGAGAGAGAGAGAGAAUGAUACCAACACUCUUUUCCCCCUGUUCACGUUUGCCUGCUGUUGUACCCCACUUUUAAAUUUUCUUCCCUUGACCCCCGCCUCUCAUCCUCUUUUUCUCCCUUACAACUCUGUCCACCUGUGGAGCUCAGGUUGUCUUGUGUUCCUCAUCAGUUGCAGCCAAUUUCUCAGACAUAGAUGAUACAACUCUCGGUCGACUUUCUUUUAUUUCCUUCACAUCAACUUUACCCUGAAGGAGAACUCUGUCGGAAACGUUGAAACUUCCACUCAUCAAUGCAUUUUCACUGUACUCUUUCUGUUGCUUUACACAAUAUGUAAAAUAUAUAUGUAUAUGAUAUAUAUAUAUAUAUUAUAUAUAUAUAUAAUAUAUAUAUAUAUAUAUAUAUAUACAUACAUAUAAAAACUGAUGAUAUACGCAUAUAAAAAUCAAGGACUAAAUACAAAAACAUAAACUUUGAGGGAAAACUGUGAAGUAUGUUACUUCUUAAAUGAUUGCCUUACAUAAGCAACACGUAAAAAUAAGGACACAGAUCAAAUUAUAUAUCCAGAGAAAAUACAUUAACAAUACAUAUGGUUUAUAAUCUGGCAAGGCUGCAUAAUCUCCAUUUUUACAACCGGUGCAAUAGAACAGAACCUAUAAAUAACAUCGAAGUUAGUUACGGGUGAUGAUAACCAGUAAAUAGAACAGAAUAUGGUUCAGUUGAACAAUUAAUUGUCAAAGACUUGUUUGAUACUAUAAUUUGAAUAAAUUAUUCAGGACACGCUAAAAAUAAUUUUCAA